AUGUCUGGAUCAUCUCAAGAUCCCUCCCCGCCACCUUACGCCGAAUCCAAAGACAUUCUCGUGAACCACUCAAAGUCAUCAUGGAUGCGUCUCUACGUCCCCGCUACCGCACUAAACGGCGGCGUUGCGUCUAAAAAACUCCCUCUCGUUGUCUACUUCCACAGUGGAGGUUUCAUCAGCUACAACGUCGACUCUGCAGUCUACAACGCCGGCUGCAACCUUAUUGCGUCAGCUACGCACCGGCUAGUUCCUAAGAACAAACUCCCGGAGGCUUACGACGACGGGGUGGACGCGCUUGAGUGGAUAAAAAACAACUCCGAAGAAGACGAGUGGCUCAAAUCUUACGCCGAUCUUUCUAACGUCUUCCUCAUGGGGAUAGGCACUGGUGGUAACGUGGCUUACAACGUCGGGCUUAGAUUCACCGAGAAAGAUCUAACUCCGUUAAGUAUCCGUGGAUUGAUCUUACUGAGUCCCUUCUUCGGCGUGGAUGUGACGGUGGGAGCUGGACCGGAUAAUAUGGAGAAAAUCAAACGGUCGGGAUGGAAGGUGAUGGUGACUGGAGUAAGAGGAGAUCCGCUGGUGGAUAGGCAGAGAGAUGUGGCGAAGUUGAUGAAGGAGAAGGGAGUUGAUGUGGUGGAGCGUUUUACUGACGUGAACGACCGUGACGAGUUUGCUUCCAUCAGAAGUUUCAUUUACUCUUCUGCACCGUAA